CCCUCCUCUCGAUUGGCUAUGAGGAAUUUGACUAACUUCGCUGCCUCGCGGGCUCCAGGGUUAGCUGUCAGCGUCUCUGCCCAGCUGCACCAGCCCCUCGGCCGUCCUCUCCGCCUGGAGCAGGACUCAGAGGACAGUACUCACUAAGCAUUUAGCUUCGGAAGGAGAGGUGAUUCGGAUGGUCCGGCUGUUGCCACCAGGCUAGGCCCUUCGGCCGCCAGGUGCUGACCUGAACCUGGUCCAUCCCUUUCCUACCAAAACUGUUCACCCACGGUGGAAGAGAACAGGCAGCCAUAUGGAGACGCUACCAGUCAGUCCAGUGGGAGAGAAGGACACCUCUCAACAGCAAGAACAAUGGGAAAAGAACUCCCGGGAGAACUUUGAUUCCAUUACUCAGAUUAGGCAGCAGCCCCAAGACUAUCCCACUGAAAUCCUUGAACUGACAGUGAGCCCAGAUACAGCCAGCCAAAUUCUAGAGAAUCCUCAAGGAACUGAAAAACUAGCCUCUAGACUUGAAGGAGAUUCUGAUGAGUCUCAUGGAUCAGCCAGUGAGAUGCCAGAGCCCCAUCAAGCUUCUGAUCUCUGGUACUGUCCGGAUGGGAGCUUUGUCAAGAAGAUCAUAAUCCGUGGCCAUGGCUUGGACAAACCCAAGCUGGGCUCCCGCUGCCGGGUACUGGCUUUUGGGUUUCCUUUUGGCUCCGGGCUGUCAGAGGGCUGGACAGAGCUAACUAUGGGGUUAGGCUCAUGGAGGGAGGAAACUUGGGGGGAGCUCGUAGAGAAAUGCUUGGAGUCCAUGUGUCAAGGCGAAGAGGCAGAGGUUCAGCUCCCUGGACACUCUGGACCUCUUGUCAGGCUCACACUGGCCUCCUUCACUCAGGGCCGAGACUCCUGGGAGCUGGAGGCCAGCGAGAAAGAGGCCCUGGCCAGGGAAGAACGUGCAAGGGGCACAGAAUUGUUUCGAGCUGGGAACCCUGAAGGGGCUGCCCGAUGCUAUGGACGGGCUCUUCGGCUGCUGCUGACUUUACCCCCGCCUGGCUCUCCAGAACGAACUGUCCUUCAUGCCAACCUGGCUGCCUGUCAGUUGCUGCUAGGCCAGCCCCAGUUGGCAGCCCAGAGCUGUGACCGGGUGCUGGAGCGGGAGCCUGGCCAUUUAAAGGCCUUGUACCGAAGGGGAGUUGCCCAGGCUGCCCUUGGGAACCUGGAAAAAGCAACUGCUGACCUUAGGAGAGUGCUGGCCGUAGACCCAAAAAACCGGGCAGCCCAGGAGGAGUUAGGAAAGGUGAUCAUUCAGGGGAAGAAACAGGAUGCAGGGCUGGCUCAGGGUCUGCGCAAGAUGUUCGGCUGAUUAAAAGUUAAACCUUAAAAAAGACAGGAACCUGUGAAUUGUGGUCUAUGCUGUGAGAUUUGGGGGGGGCCCUACAGGGAGGGUUUCAGCCCGUAUCCCAGUCCCAGCUUUUGCCUUCCUAGGGGAGCUAACAAUGGUCUCAGUGCGCCUCUUUCCCUUUUUUUACCAUUAAAAAGCCAUAUGGUCACGUGUGGUA